GGGCGUAGUGUUGCCUGGCGACGAAUGCUUCAAACAAUCUAAUUGUGCCACUACAGAGUCAGGUAUGAAUUUUAUGCUAGCAGUCGCUAUUCCAUUGACGUUAGUUACUCUUGGAGGAAUUGUAUCUUUGGUACUGUUUCUACUAUGGAGACGGAAAACCAAGAGGUUGAUGACGAAGGGACCAAAUAGGGUACUUCUAGAACCGGAUGAUCUGACGUUUUUACACCGCAAGGAUAUCAAAACGUCAAUGCUGACCAAUGGUGGGUUCCUAGAUCCACCAGACCUUCUCAAGGCGUCGGAGAAGUCCAGCCGGUCACUUAUCAGCCUACAUGAGUGGACAGAGUUUUCCGAGAUUGCCAGAUACAAGGGAGACAUCGUGUACAUAAAGGAAUUGAAGUAUAAAGGAUUGGAAAUGAAAGGGAAAAUUCUGGCGUAUACUAGAACGCUUCGGGACAUCCGUCAUGAAAAUGUGAACCCUCUGUAUGGAUUUUUGAACGACCCCGUCCGACCGGCCCUUGUAUCCGAGCAUUGCAAUAGGGGCAGUUUGAAGGAUGUCCUGAACAACGAGAAUAUUAAACUUGACUGGGAUUUCAAAUCGUCCCUGUUGACGGAUCUGGUUAGGGGUUUGCGAUUUAUUCAGUCGACUCCCAUCCAUUACCACGGGAGCGUGAAAUCUAGGAACUGUGUGGUAGACAGUCGCUGGGUAUUAAAGCUGACAGACUUCGGAAUGUUAGGAUUCCGGGAAAGAGCCAAGCUAAAUAUAACAGUAGAAGCGGCCGAUCUUUUGUGGACAGCUCCUGAGCACAUCAGGGAUCCAUACCCUGGCUCUAAAGGCUCAGUGAAAGGGGACAUGUAUGGAAUGGCAAUGAUAAUGCAGGAAGUCAUUCUCCGAAAGCGACCAUUUGGAAUGGUAGAUCUAACGGUGGAAGAGAUCAUUGAGAAGAUAAGAAAACCCCCUCCCCUACUCAGGCCGUCUGUAUCCCCUCAAGCUGCACAGCCCCAAUAUAUCGUGCUUAUGAAGCAAUGCUGGGCGGAGAACCCCGAUAUGCGGCCAUCAAUUGAGGAUGUUUAUCAACAGUUCAAAUCUAUCGCCGGUGGCAAGAAGAUGAAUAUAGUGGACUCGAUGUUUCGGAUGCUGGAAAAAUAUUCCAACGACCUUGAGGACAUCGUCAAGGAGAGAACAGUCCAAUUAGAGGAGGAGAAGAAAAAGACAGAUGUCCUCUUAAACCGGAUGCUCCCACAAGUUGUUGCAGAAAGCUUGAAAAGUGGACAGAAAUUCAAGGCCGAGGAGUUUAAGGAAGUUACAAUAUAUUUCAGUGACGUUGUGGGUUUUACGACUAUCUCGGCUAUGAGCACCCCUUUGCAAGUUGUUGACCUCUUAAAUGACCUUUACACAGCUUUCGAUGCCUGCAUAGAUAAUUACGACGUGUACAAGGUUGAGACGAUAGGGGAUGCUUACAUGGUAGUGAGUGGUCUUCCAGUGAGGAAUGGUAACAAACACGCAGGGGAAAUCGGCACCAUGGCGCUCGACCUCCUCAGCAUAUGUGGGACCUUCAAGAUACGCCAUAUGCCAGAAGUGCCUUUAAGACUGAGAAUUGGUCUUCAUACUGGUUCGUGUGUUGCUGGAGUCGUGGGCCUUACCAUGCCGCGGUAUUGUUUAUUCGGAGACACUGUUAACACUGCCUCUCGGAUGGAGUCGACGGGGAGCGCUUUCCGAAUACACAUAAGUGUUCAGACAAAGAACGUACUUUCAGACCUUGGAGGAUAUCAAACAGAUUUUCGGGGAGAAGUGGAACUGAAGGGCAAAGGGCUAGCAAAGACAUAUUGGCUGGUUGGUAAAGAUGGUUUCUCUAAACCCCUUCCGGAACCACCACCGUUAAACGAUGCAAACAAUCAUGGCCUAGCAUCGAUUUUGAACGUUCAGAAGCUUCAAAAAGACCAGACCCCUAAUAAAGCAGCAGGAACCAACACAUCCAAACAACCAGCACAAACAACAUCGAAAGCCGAACCGAAUAAUAUUAGUGUUAAUGAAUUGCAGUGUGCAUGUUGUGACUUACCAAAGUCCUCUCCGAAACACGAUUCACAAGCGUAUGACAGCAAUGACAACCCGAAAGCUAAAAAUGGGCCAGCUAAAGUCCACCGAAUACAGGUGAACUGUGAUAUUUGUGUGACUGGUAACAAUCAAAAUAAUUCAACAACAAACUCAAAAGAUGGAAUUACACCUGUUGCGAAAGUAUGAUGUCCCGUGAUAAUGUAGUUUAUGCCUACUCCACAUAAAACUCAACACAUGUAUAGAAUUGAAUAAGGCCAUCAUAAGAUGACC